AUGGCUGCUAGGGGCCAUGGGGAGGAGAGCAAAUCUUCAGAUGACUGUGGGCCAUUCGUGAAAUCACUGAUUUCCCUUUUCCCUGACAGCGAGCCUGAAACUGAACCGUGUUCGACGGCAGACAACUUGAAUGAGCCCAAGACCUUUCAGUGGGCGCAGCGCUAUGCAGACAAAGUGGGCUUGUCCACUAUGAAGGGUUUUCUUCGCAACGUGAAGCUGCAUGUCUUAAUGCAGGCAUGGUUGGAUUUUCUUGGUGCCGAUCAGCUUUGGCUGGACAUCGCCGAAGGUUGUGCUGGGGCUGCCACUGGAACUUACGCGAUGAUGCUUGACAGCAAAAGUUCAUCAAACCAAACAAGUGGGCUGAAUUGUGAUCGCUUUGAUGCAGUUGCCCAGAACAUCGGAGAGAUGGUGAGCAAAGUUAUUCCCCAUGCGUUUGAUUCGCCACAUGGUGGGCAAGCUGACCGGGAAACGGUUCAACAACUCAUGGCUUACAAUCGGGCAGUUCUGUCAGAUUUGGGCAGAGAGCCAACUUUCCCCCCUCCAUCCCAGGAUGGCAAGUCUUCUGAGCAGCGCAAGAAACUUGUGAAGAGUAUGAAGAAAGAGCUUGGGCUGCAACCCUAUGGGGAAAUACCAUCCUAA